GUCAUAUAUACAUCUGACACAAAUAUCUCUGUGUAGUCAGUCUAGCUGGGGGGAGAUGACUACAUGUAAACUCAUAUCAGGGAAACUCUUCUUUUGAACUCAUUUGUGGCUAAAGAGAAGUACACCGGGCUGUCAACAUUGACAAUGGAUUCUUCUAUUAAUAAAAGUUUUAUAAGAGCACCAACUACUGUCGUACUAAUGCUGUAUGUGUCAACACUUAACUUGGUCUUAACAACUGUUGCACAAGAGACAACCACAGCUGAUUCUCGUUCUGUUGACCCCUGCUACAACUACACUGUGCUGGAUAAUCCAUGGAGAGCCAAUAACAGACAGUCUUACGACCACAGGUGUGACACCUCCUUCACCUGGAGAGGCUGGUAUCGUCUGUUCCUUUAUGGCUUGAAUGUUCGAAUCUCAGACACUUGUGUGAGGAAGUAUCGUUGUGGUACUGAUAUCCCACUGUGGAUUCGUGAUGGACACCCACGAGUUGAGGAUGGAGUCGUCACUCGAGAUGUCUGCGGUCACUGGAACAAUUAUUGCUGCUAUUACGGGUCUUACCCCAUUAAAGUCAAAGCCUGUCCAGGCAAUUAUUAUGUCUAUGAACUGGUUAGACCAAUUGUCUGCAGUUCAGCUUACUGUGCAGAUGUUGGCAGCAUUAAUUCCAGCUCUACAGCAGUCAUGCCAGAAAUGCUCUUAACUGAUUACCAUUCUGCUGACCCCUGCUACAACUACACUGUGCUAGAUGAACCAUGGAGAACCAUCAGUAAUACAAAUUCCCACAACUGUGACAACUCAGUCACCUGGAGCGGCUGGUAUCGUUUCUUUAUUAAUAAUGUGAGCGCUCAUAUCCCAGACACAUGUGUUGCUAGGUAUAGCUGUGGCACUGAUAUCCCACUGUGGAUUCGUGGUGGACACCCAACAGUUGAGGAUGGAGUCGUCACUAGAUAUGUCUGCGGUCACUGGGAAAAUUACUGCUAUUACGGGUCUUUUCCCAUUAAAGUCAAAGCCUGUCCAGGAAAUUAUUAUGUCUAUGAGCUGGUCAGUCCAACUUUCUGUAAUGCAGCCUACUGUGCAGAUUAUCAUUAUGUUGACCCCUGCUACAACUACAUUGUGCUGGAUAAUCCAUGGAGAGCCAGUAACAGACAAUCUUACCAUCACAAUUGUGACACAUUCACCUUGAGAAACUGGUAUCGUCUGUUCCUUUAUGGCUUGAAUGUUCAAAUCUCAGACACUUGUGUGAGGAAGUAUCGGUGUAGCACUAAUUUCCCACUGUGGAUUAAUGGUGGACACCCAACAGUUGAGGAUGGAAUCGUCACACGAGAUGUCUGUGCACAGUGGGAAAAUUACUGCUGCUAUUACGGUUCUUACCCCAUUAAAGUCAAAGCAUGUCCAGGCAAUUAUUAUGUCUAUGAACUGGUUACACCAACUUUAUGCAGUUCAGCAUACUGUGCAGAUAUUAGCAGCAUUAACACCAGCUCUAUAGCCGCCAUACCACCGUCCCUCUUAACUGAUUACCAUUCUGCUGACCCCUGCUACAACUACACUGUGUUGGAUGAUUCAUGGAGAGUCUACAACGGAUACUACUACAACAACAGGUGUGACACCUUAGUCACCUGGAGCGGCUGGUAUCGUCUCUUCAUUAACGGUCUGAGCGCUCACGUCCCAGACACGUGUGUUGUUCAGUAUAGCUGUGGUACUAAUAUUGCACUGUGGAUUCGUGGUGGACACCCAACAGUACAGGAUGGAGUUGUCACUCGAGAUGUCUGCGGUCACUGGAACAAUUACUGCUGCUAUUAUGAGUCUUACCCCAUUAAAAUCAAAGCCUGUCCAGACAAUUAUUAUGUCUAUGAGCUGAUUGCACCAACUGUCUGUAAUUCAGCAUACUGUGCAGAUGUUAGCAGCAUUAACACCAGUGCUACAGCUGUCACACCAGUGACCAUCUCAACUGAUUAUGUCUCUUUUAACCCCUGCUACAACUACACUGUGCUGGAUAACCCAUGGAGAGCCACCAGCUUUUCAUAUCACUUCUCCAUGUGUGACACCUCAGUCAUCUGGCGUGGCUGGUAUCGUCUCUUCAUUAACGGUCUGAGUGCUCAGAUCCCAGAGACAUGUGUUGCAACAUACAGAUGUGGCACUGCUGCCCCAUUGUGGCUUCGUGGUGGACACCCAACAGUUGAGGAUGGAGUCGUCACCAGAGAUGCUUGUAGUCACUGGAGAAGUGACUGCUGCUAUUACCAGUCUCUUACCAUCAAAGUCAAAGCCUGUCCAGGAAAUUAUUAUGUCUAUGAGCUGGUUAGUCCAACGUUAUGCAAUUCAGCAUACUGUGCAGAUGUUAGCAACAUUGCCACCACCUCUACAGCUGUCACUACCAUCUCAACUGCUGUUACUAACAUCAGCAGUACUGAUAGAACAGUCACACCAGAGAUGAGCUCAGCUGAUGUUAGCAACAUUACCACCAGCUCUACCACUGUCACUACCAUCUCAACUGCUGUUACUAACAUCAGCAGUACUGAUAGAACAGUCACACCAGAGAUGAGCUCAGCUGCUGUUACUAACAUCAGCAGUACUGAUAGAACAGUCACACCAGAGAUGAGCUCAGCUGAUGUUAGCAACAUUACCACCAGCUCUACCACUGUCACUACCAUCUCAACUGCUGUUACUAACAUCAGCAGCACUGACACAUCAGUCACACAAGAGAUGAGAUCAACUGGUAAUUUCUUGCCAGUCACUUCCACAACAUCUACCAGUUCUACUACUACAGGUCUUUUACCUACAGUCAUUUCCACAACAUCUACCAGUUCCACUACUACAGUCCCUUUACUGCCAAUCACUUCCACAACAUCCACCAGUUCAACAUCUACAGUCCCUUUACUGCCAAUCACUUCCACAACAUCUACCAGUUCAACAUCUACAGUCCCUUUACCGCCAAUCACUUCCACAACAUCAACCAGUUUAACAUCUACAGUCACUUUACCACCAGUCACUUCCACAACAUCUACCAGUUUAACAUCUACAGUCACUUUACCACCAGUCACUUCCACAACAUCUACCAGUUUAACAUCUACAGUCCCUUUACCGCCAAUCACUUCCACAACAUCUACCAGUUCAACAUCUACAGUCCCUUUACCGCCAAUCACUUCCACAACAUCUACCAGUUCAACAUCUACAGUCACUUUACCACCAGUCACUUCCACAACAUCUACCAGUUCUGAGUUCUUGGUAGUCUUCCCUGGUGUGGAGCCAACCUCAGAUCCCUUCACUAAUGGGGAAACAGUCAUUGUCCCAACGUUCUCAAGACGCUCAGCCACUCCACUGAGAAAAGGCCCGCCUGCAGGACACUGCCUGCGACAGGUCAGUUCUUGGACGUUGGAAGUGACCCCUAGUGUCGUACACUUAACACAACACGGAGUGUAUGACAGAAAGGGAAUGUCUCGGUUAUGUAUGGUAACCCUCUUCCCUGAUGGAGGGAAUGGAGACCUUGUGUCCUUCAUGCCACAACUCCAGACUGCCUCUGAGUGA